AUGGACCGCUUGUUGAGGUUAGGUGGUGGCAUGCCAGGUUUGAGUCAGGCACCUCCACCAUCAGAUGCACCUGUUGUAGACACUGCUGAGCAAGUGUACAUUUCUUCCCUUGCUCUGCUGAAGAUGUUAAAACAUGGCCGUGCCGGUGUACCAAUGGAAGUUAUGGGUCUUAUGUUGGGAGAAUUUGUUGAUGAUUAUACGGUCAGAGUCAUCGAUGUUUUUGCUAUGCCACAGACUGGAACUGGUGUCAGUGUAGAAGCAGUGGAUCCAGUAUUCCAAGCAAAAAUGUUGGACAUGCUGAAGCAAACAGGACGUCCUGAGAUGGUUGUUGGAUGGUACCAUUCGCAUCCAGGGUUUGGUUGUUGGUUGUCUGGUGUAGAUAUCAACACACAGCAAAGUUUUGAAGCUCUGUCAGAACGGGCUGUUGCUGUAGUAGUUGAUCCCAUUCAGAGUGUUAAAGGUAAAGUUGUAAUUGAUGCAUUCCGACUGAUAAACCCCAACAUGAUGGUGUUAGGUCAGGAGCCGCGACAAACAACAUCAAAUCUUGGUCAUCUGCAGAAGCCUUCAGUUCAGGCUCUGAUUCAUGGUCUUAAUAGACAUUACUACUCAAUUAGUAUCAACUACCGUAAGAAUGAGUUGGAGCAGAAGAUGUUGUUGAAUCUCCAUAAAAAGUCAUGGAUGGAUGGGUUAAUGCUGGCAGAUUAUUCAGAACACUGCAAACUUAAUGAGACAACAGUUAGUGAUAUGCUGGAUCUGGCACGAAAUUACAACAAGGCUCUUGAAGAUGAGGAAAAGAUGACACCUGAACAGUUGGCAAUAAAGAAUGUUGGUAAGCAGGAUCCAAAGAGGCAUCUAGAAGAGAAGGUUGAUAUUCUGAUGACGACCAAUAUCGUGCAGUGCUUGGGAGCCAUGCUGGACACUGUUGUCUUUAAGUGAUGCAGGGGACUGAUUUUCAUGUUCACUUGUCAUAUCUCCAGUUACAAAAAAUAAAAACAUUAAUCCUUGUUGACAAGUCAGAGAAAUAAAUUUUAUCAAAAUUGUUUACUAAGCUCUUGCAGGUUAGGAAACUAAUUCUUGCCAACAGUCAAAGGGAUACAGUGUUUUGAUGUUCAUGCAGUUUUGCUGUGAAUAAUCCAAACUAUAAAGAGAUAUGCAAAUGUUCUAAUUUGCAAUUGGGAAGGAUUUGUACUGCUCCCCUUCAAUAAUAUGAUAUUAAAAACAAUUUGGCUGAUACUCCAUUCUUUUAAUAAAGAAGUACUGUAAACCCUCCAUUUAACAGAUAUCAGAUUUAGUGGGCACUGUCUAGUAUUGACAGACUGUAUAUGGAUGUGAGGCAUUGGCAGACUCCAUUAAAACCAAAAAUGUUCACUAAUGCAAUUUUAACAGACAGAGUCAGUUAAAACUGAAUAUGUCUGUCAUUGACUGGAUUUUUUUAAGCACUUAAUUAUCUCUUUACUCUCUAGUGUUUUACUGAACUUUGUUUCAUUGUAGGUAUCCAGUUCAUAUUAGUAAUCUGUUUAAUGGUAUUCUUAAUAGAAAUUAUGUUUUAAGGAUACAUUACUGGUAUUGUAAAAACAGCUGUGAAAUUUAAUGGACCGUAAGCAUUGCCAGACUCCCCUUCCCUCCUAUUUGUCUGUUAAAUAGAGAGUUUCCUGUAUUUAGUUUCUUAUUAUGCAUUUUUCAUCUUGGUUUGUUGUAAUUACCUGUAAAAGUCACAGAUUUAUAAUUUUAUAUUGUAGAAAUGUAAGAGAAUAGCAGAAGGGGAAGAAGGUGUAACAGUAAUAUUAAGAAGGAUCUUAAAAAAGGAGAAUGUGAAGGUGUGGACUGGAUUCAUCUGGCUCAGGACAGGGUCAAAUGGCAGGCUCUUGAUGACAUGAUAAUGGACCAUUAGGAUCCAUGAAAGGCAGAGAAUUGCUUGACCAUCUGAAUAACUAUCUGCCACUCAAGAAGGUCUCUCUGUCUUGUAGAAGUUACUUCUGGAUUUGACAACUGUUUAAAAAAGCUGAGACCAGCUGCCAGCAUUAACCCUGUGAAGUUGAAGCUUGUCUUAAUAUUUAAAUAUUCAGCCCUAUCUCAUUUAAAGUUUUAAACUUUCAUAGUCAGUUAUUCUAACUCGUGAUAAACUGGAAAUACUUUUUUCGUAACUUUGUGUGAGUGCAAGAAACUGUGUGUAGUAGAGCCUUGGAGAAGUGAAUGAGCAUAAAUAAUUAUACAUUUAUAAAACUUAAAGAAGGCACAGUUGUAUUAUAUGAAUGAACUGAUGGAAUGUGAUAAAACUCAAAAUAUAGCACAUAGAAAAUUGA